AUGUCUGGAUAUCCGCCGGCAACCAGCCCCCAGGCGCAGUACUUUCCGCCCCCGCCGCAAGACGGCCAGCCGCAGUUCGCGCCUCCGCCUGCUCCGCAACAGCAGCAAUACUACCCCCCGCCGCCUGCCCAGAGUCCGCCCGCGACCCAGCAGCACUUUCCGCCGCCACCGCAGCCCCAGCCCCAGCACCAGCAGUAUGACCACCACCGCGCCUCCUCGUACCACGGCAGUCCGCCGCCGCAACAGCAAUAUGUACACCAGGCCACUCCCUCAUAUCCCCCUCCGCAGUCAGGGAGCCCGUACCCUAUAGAAAAGGCGACGCCGCCCCCUCCGCAGCCUGGCCAGUUGCAACAGUCGCACACAUUCAAUUCCAACACUCCCGCCCAGAUGCCCGGCGGCGCUCCCGCAGCUGGUCACUUUGUGGGCGCCGGUGCCACUCAGGACGAUGUGGGCACAUUCAACGGUGGAAGCUACAGGAUCAGCCAUCGCGACACCAAUACCAUUUUGACCGUCCAGCUGGCAAUGGGGUGCCCGCUGACCGCGAGGCCUGGUGCCAUGUUCGCCAUGUCCCCCACCAUUACCCUCAAGGGCAGCAUAAAAUUCUCUCUGAAGAAGUUUGUCGCCGGCGGCGAGCUGUCCACCUCGACCUUCACCGGGCCUGGCGAGCUCCUGCUUGCUCCUCCCUCCCUCGGAGAUAUUACCAAUAUCCGCCUCUCCGGCAGUGAGAUGUGGAGCGUGAGUAAAGACGGCUUCCUGGCCUGCACUCAGGGCAUUGUCAAGGAAUACAAGAGCCAGAGUCUGUCCAAAGCCAUGUUCUCUGGCGAAGGCCUUUUCGUGUACAAGAUAUCGGGAUCUGGUAUCCUGUGGGUCACUAGCAUGGGUGCCAUUCUAAGGAAGGACCUUCAGGAAAACGAGAAGUACAUUGUGGACAAUGGCCAUCUGGUUGCCUGGAAUUGCAAGUACGUGCUUGAGCGGGUGGCAAGUGGAGGUGUCAUCUCCAACUUGUCCUCUGGUGAAGGUCUAGUGUGUAAAUUUACGGGGCCCGGCACCAUCUUUAUCCAGACAAGGAACCCCACGGCUAUGGCUCAAUGGAUUGGAGCGCACAGCGGCGCAGCGUAG